UAUGCAGUAAGCUCUCACUCCCUGCAGGGAAAGGCUGCGGUUUCAUAUUUCAUCUCCCUUGUACACUACACCCAGAUUCCAGUCACUUUCUGGCUUCACUGCAGUGUAUUACGCAGAGCACAGGUCCUGCAUCAUAUCCAGCAGAGACAGACAGGGCUUCUCUCAGUUCCAGGCAGUGGACCAUGAAGAUGUCAAUUUUAUUUUCACUUUGCAUCUUUGCUUUCCCUGGCUUUUCCCAGGGCAGGGUUGUUGGAGUGGAUGAAGCUGGCUUUGCCGAAUGCAAUGAGUUCUUUUAUGGAGAAACCCCACCAGAAGGAUUUACGGAGUCUUUCCAUGUGAAAAUCUGUCAGCAGUACAACAAAGAGCCACGCUUCGCAACGCUCUACAGCACGGAGGACAAGACCCCUCUUUAUUCUGCUUUUAAAUACACAAAAGCAGCUCGGAGAGGGGAGGAGAGCUGGCUGGUUGAACCGCAGAUAGAUGAUCCUGGAAAUGACUUGGAGGAAAUGGUGCAUGAAGCUGUUGCUGUUGGCUCAGUGAACAACCUUGGAGCAAACCAAGCCCUGACCACAGACUAUGUGGACUCUGGUUAUGAGAGAGGGCAACUAAACCCCAGCUCCCUCAAUGAAAAUGAUUUCCAGCUAGCCACAUACACCCUUACUAAUGCUGUCCCUAUGACUCCCUCUCUUAGUAAAAGCUGGCACAAGGAUGUCGAGGAUAUAGUAGAGCAAGCUUUGGCCCCACAUUGUGAAAAUGGGGCUCACCUGUAUCUUGUUGCAGGUGCUGUUCCAUCCAGCCUCAAAGUUAAAGACAAGGUGUCCAUACCAGAGUUUCUCUGGCUGGCAGCUUGCUGUGAUGCUCCGAAGGUAUGGUCUGUGGGCUUUCUGAAACGUCUGAAUGGUGAAAACAGUAUAGAAGACCUGUCUGUGGAAGAGCUGGAGAAGCAGCUUCCUUCAGGAGCUCACUUGUUUAAGAGCAAUUGUGGGGGAGGCAGCCAAAGCCAGGAGAAAAUGGAAGCCAUAUUGCAAACCAUAAAUCAGAUCCAGUCUGAAGAGCACGUAGUACAAACCACGGCCGGGAGAGUCGACCGGCACAUGAAUUACCAGGAGAAGCAUGGAGAGGGCAGCCUGCUGAAAAGAGUAGCUGGCAUUGUUGCAGCCCCUUUCACCAAGCUGCUGAGACUCGUUGGCUAUGUGUUGGUGGAGGUGGUAAGAUACACGUGUUAUUUCCUGUGGUAUGUCAUCAAGCAGCUCAGCAACACUGCAAUGGGCGGACUCUAUAGCUUAUGGAAUGGAGUGAUGUCCUAUGGCAAAGAAAUCAGCAUAGUGCUGGUGAACAUCCCCAGAGAUGUGGCCAAGGUUGCAGCAAACAUCGUCAUGGGCUUUGUCCGAAUCUUCCAGAACACCCUGAGCCUCAUCUAUAGGAUUCUCAGCGUCCCCAUUGGACUCUUCCUUCAUAUCAUGGUUUUCCCCUUGGACACUUUCUGUGCCAUUCCCAUCGUCCUCAAAGACAUGGCCGCUGGAGUUGCUGGCACUUGCUCACUCAUUGUCGAUGCCACAGCUGCCAUGAUGUCUGGCUUUUAUUACAUAGCUACUCACCUAGGCAAAAAGUUUGUCCCUAAGCUCUCUUCCGAUGACUGAUAGGGAUGGCAAACAGAACUGCACAGACACAUGGUGAAAGAAAAGUGGGGCAAUAUGUUCUGAUAUGUGACCAAUGCUGACAGUUCUUGUUGGUAUUCAUUGCAGUGACAUUAAUAACACCAAAUCAAUCUGGUGGUCACAUGGAGGGCCUAUGGCACUUCAAGAGGGAAUUCCAUUACAAAUCGACUUCCACUUAUUGUAAAGUGUUCGGGGUUUCAACUGGAGUGACAAGCUGUCUGUGGAUUUCAAGGUCAAUGUCAAGCUGCUUCUGCUCUGAGACACACUGAGUGUAGCACAAAGUUAUUCCUUCACUACUAAAUAGGAAAAUGCUGAUGCCUAUUCAUGGGCUGUGCUACAAAGGCACAGCAGAAGCAUGUGUCCAUUGGUGCGGGCAGAUAAGGGGCUUAUGCUGACCUCCUCUCUGCUAGGAUUAUUGCAUGGGAAGAAACCACAUAGAGCUUAAUUCUGCCUUUAGUUGCACUAUUGACUUCAGUGGGGUUUUGUGGAAGGAACUGAGGGCAGAACUUGGGCUGGUGUGUUUUAGCUGAUAAUUCUCAUCCCUUGGCCUUUCAAAGCAGCUGAAAUGGAUGGAAUGGCUCUUGGUGAGAGUAAAUCAGUUACCAGUUGCUUGGUAGGGUUUGUGGGAUAUUUACUGUUUUCCUUAACUCCCCAUAACUUUUUAAACUGACCAUUGGUACCAAACAAUUAUCCAAGACCUAAGGUCUUCAUUCAAUGUGGGCCCGAUGCAGAGCUCAGUGAAGUCCAAAAUAGUCUUUCUACUGGCUUUGGAUCACACCCUAAUACCCCAAACAAGCCCUCCCCCAUUGCCUCCGAUUAGAGACCACAGUCUCCCAAAUACAUGCUUCCAUGCCAGCUCAUCUGAAGAGCUCAACAAGAUUUGGGACCAAAUUGCGUUCGCCCUUUUUUUCCUUUUAUGUGCACUGGGAGCCUGACUCAGCUGGAAGGAACCCUCCACCCGUGUUUCAGGCUGAGGCAACGUUACUUUAUCAUCCUGGUUGGUCUGAACAAACACAGUCAGUGCAAGGCCUUGCAUGCAAUGAAAAAAGGCAGAGGAGGAACGCUAAUGAUGAGGGGCAAGGUUCUGCCACUCUAACGCUGAGUAAUCUCUCACUCCACACAAAUACCCAUUGACUUACAGGGAGGCUAUCUGCAGGGUGAGGGAUGAAUCGGCAUGAGCAAGGGUGGCAGAAUUUGGCCUUAGGACGGCAGGCUGAUACCUGUCAGUUUUCUGUCUCUCGCCUACCUACAUCCAGUGAGAGGGGAAGCAGAUCUGAGGAACCAGCCUGUGGUCCUCAUGCACCCCAAACUCCCAGUGAAGUCAGACUGGAAGGUUAUGGAAGCCCGUGAGGGUGAACUAGGAAAGCAGGAUGAGGCAGAAGCCCAUCGAGCUGGGGAAAGGGUGAUCUGCAGCAUCCUGCAGUAGGUUUGGGGCAGGAGGGUCAGCCACUUACACUAAGUUCGCUCAUCAGGGCUGGUACAGGCAAAGCUGGCAGGGGCAGGAGGCCUCCGGGUGGAGGAGGCCCCGGCCCAUCAGUGACGGGUUGAAGGGCUGGCAUGAUGGUAAUUGCCCCAGUGACAUACGGUGUGAAGCACAAGCUGCUUGAUGCUAAUAGAGCUUGAGGGGAACCUGGUCUCCUGUCACUUUAUCAUAACAGCACUUGUGCCCCCUCCUCCUGCUGACAGGACAUACCCAUCCACGUUCGCCCCUAGCUCCCAGACCCUCUACAAGUGCACAUCCCAGUGCUGGACACCUCCCCUAUUGUCCUCUGUCCCCGUGGAGUUCCCCCAGCCCCAAGCAGGCACGCCAUUGGAGUCUGGGGGAGUGGUGACUCACUGAAUCUGGAAUACAGCAGCAGGCAGAUGAGAUCCUAAGCAAAGGGCUUUACAAAGGAGGUCACAGUUUAGAUCAACCGAGCCCCCCUCCAAACUCAGUGGUCCUGCAUACUAAGGGGACAUGGUGCAGCGGCAUGAUCUGUCUGCUCCCCAGUAAACAAGGGCCUAACCUCAGCUCAGCUUAUACCUCCCCUUGGAAAGAGAAUCAGGGAAAGGAGUUUUGGUUUCUUUUUACUCUAUAAGCUUUGUCCCUUAACAGUGAUCCUUGCUGACUGCAUCAGCUGUUGAUUCACUCUGCAAGCACACAAAUGCGGUAAGAAGUUGUAGAAGAGACACGCACUGACCCUCCUCAUAGUUCCAUCACACCCUGCACCGUGCAUUUUUUAUGCAUGACUAUUCUGCUGUAUUUUCAUGUAGCUCAUCUAUGCUUUUACAUUGGUGGGCAUAACACUAUGCAAAGUCUCUGCUGGGGGAAUCUGGCUGCUCUAUUACAUGCUACUUGGGAACAGUUCUGGGUUUGUGAAAACUUUAUUACAAUAUGUGCCAGCAUUCCCACCACUUCUAUUUAAUGACAGGCUGACUUGGGGAGAGUGGAUGGCUCAGAUUCUAGCAGUGGAAUAAAGAAACUCCGGCUGGCUCAAAUCCAGCCCAGCUUAACUGUGACUAAAAGUUAUUACCCUGGCUUUGGGAUCUGUGUGGAACAAAUGUAUGUGUCCCAGAACAGUUCCCAGCAAACAGCCCAACAUAUCUUAGCAGCAGAGAGGCCAUGGAGUGAACAGACUUGGAGAUCAAUGCCACCUGUCAUUCCUAGAGGUGAUCACUCCAGGUCAGGGUAGAGGCUUAUGGGUAGAGUCAUAUGGGGAAGUUUACACUUUACUCCCCAUGCUGCACCUGAUCCCUUGAGAAACAGAGGACUCUAGGGUUGUCAAUCCAACAUGCACAAUAUUGGUCCCUAAUCUCGUUGAUCAUUUUUUACUAUACUACACGUCCAAGCAGUCUAUAGACAAACUGCCUAAAACACAGAACACAUAUUGCAGAACAGCUAUGCACAGCUGUGAACUAGCUGUCGUUUGAGAUUAGCCUUAUCUGGGCAUGACUUAUGGUGUGGGAGCUUGACCUUAUCCUCCGAGCUAUGUGGUAUUAACAAAAUUAAAGUGACUUUGAAAAAAGAAAGACUUCAUAUUACAUUGCUGGGAAUCGUUACGAUUAAGACUGCUGAGACAACUCAAAGGGCCAUACCUAACUGGGGAAAAGAACAGUGUUGUUGUUUCAAUUUGUUGCUGCACUACCCAGGAUUUGGUGGUGGUGUUAACAAUAUUUUGUGCUUCUGUAGCACCUUUCAUCUGAAAAUCUCAAAGCACUUUAUACGGUUUAGUUAAUUUAAUUAAGCCUUGCCACACACUUGUGAAAUAGGUGAAGGAUGAAGAUUAUAUAGAUGUAUAUAUGCUCCCCUUUCCCCAUAUAUUAUCUAGAGAGGGAGAUCGAGAGAGAGAGAUCAUUUUAUUCAUCAUGAAAUGCAGCUAUCUCUGGGGUGAAUCAUGGCAACUAUUUUUUUAGCACCAUAACAUUGCACAGUAAUUUAGGACAGGAUGAAAAAUACAGUAAAAGAAUGUAGGGAGGCAGGAGCCAAAUACCUAAAUUGGAUAGUGGCCAGAACAAUGUAGUUAGUACCUCCAUUCCACCAACCAAACCAAACCAAACCAAACCAAACCAAACAAACAAACCAUGUUAUCUUUAGUGACCAUGGAGAUCAGGACUUUAGUUUUGUGUCUCAACUAAAGAAAAAAAAAACAUGCGGGGGCACUGACUCCAGUUCUGACACAGAAGGAAGAGUGCCGCUUCCUGCAGCAUCUGUUCCACUUCCUGUGGCACUGAUGUUUUCUUGGAAAGUGCGCUAUCCAAACCCUGACCCACUUUGCUUAGCUCGUGAGAUCUGAGAGCAUUCACAGCAUGAGAUGGGAGGGAGAUUUUUCCCAGGCACAAAUGACAGUUGGGCACCCAGCACCCACACUUCCAUGGGAGCUGGGCACUUACCUGCCACUUGUGCCAUUAUGCCUGAUCUGGAUGGAGUUAAUGGCCCUGUGAUGGGGUGGCGGAACCCAGUCCAGUACAGGGUGAGUGCACCCCCUGCUCUAAGCUGCCCUCUACCUCAGGAUGGUGAGGUAUAAUGGUUAGAGUCAAUAUAAUUUGCCACUGGGAGGGUAUGGCCUAGUGGUCAAAGCCAAUUUGGCUGUCCUUGUCCUCCAGGCUAGAAGACCUAAUGGCAAGGGUAAUACAGAUGCCCCAUCUUAAGGCUGAAUGGCCCAAUGGCCAGAGUCAAUAGGAUGGCCCUGCCUCUCAGUGACCAGAGCCAAUGGUGUUGCCCUUAUCUGCAGGGCGGUAAGGCCUAGCAGCCAGAACCAAUGGGCCUCGUGGCCAGAGCCAAUGGGUAGGUGGUGACCAGAGAUGGGGGACCUGGACCCACCCUGCUCCACUGGGUCCUGGCCCAGGGCCCUAACAGUGGUGAAGUUUUCCACCACUGAGUCAGUGAAACUCCAGCCAAAACAUGCCAACUUCCUUCAGGACUAUAGCUAGUUCCUAACUAACAAGGUCUCUUGAAGCAGUAGUCGAGGUGUUGUUGUGGUCUCCAGGCUUCUUAGUGCGUGUGGUUCCCAGUGACCCUGAUCUCUCUUGGGCAUCCAUAGGUAUAUCUGGGUGUCUGACUGAGUCUCGGCACCUCUGGCUUCCGCAGUCAGGGGUUCUCGCUGCUCCCGGGCUGCAUCCUGCAAGGUGCGGCCUUCCUCCUCGGUGGUCAGCCCAGACUGAGCUAGGCUGUUCCCUUUUAUACUAGUACUGCAUUUGGAGCAUGCCCAGUAGGGAAGUGGGGGCGUGAUUUCUUCAGCCCACAAUGAGGAGUUAACCCUUCCCCAUCCAGUGCGGGGUGAGUGUGCCCCAUUACAGGUCCAUAAAAGUAUCCAGUUCUUUUUAGUUUUAGUGCCUGUGCAAGGUGCUGGUUUGUCAGCCCUACACCAAGACUGGACAAAGCUCCAGAAAAGAAUGAAUCAUCAGUGUUUACGUGCUGGUUUAUGUCUUCCAAGGGCGAUAUGAAUAUUGGCCAGAUUCACUUGCUCUGGUGCCGGGGAAGGUGAAUUAUACCCUCUUAUGCCAGCCUGGGCAGUGAAGCUGCUUGUUCUUCCCGGGCUUCUGUAGGGGAGGACCAGCUUUAACCACUGUCAGAUACAUUUACAUUCCCUUUGAUUUUGGCCCAUAGAGAUAAUUCAUCUGCCCUAAAUCACAGAGGCAGUCAGUUGCAGAGUCUGUUUUGGACCCCAUGAACCCCUAGUCCUGUGUUCAGCUCCCCAGGUCACACCUCUCUUGAAGCUACCCCUAACAGAGCCCCUUUUACAUAUAAACACCUCUCCAUGAGGCUACAAACUAUUACCUAAGCCCUCCGUGGAGGACCAGCUGCUCAGAUUCAGGCUAGUUUUAUUCACAAGUUAUCACCUGGGCCUAGCCACAAAAAAAAAUCACUUACUGAAAAAUAAAUACAAGUGUAACUAGUUUGGCCAGAAAGUGUUAGCAGACAGCACAACAUCCAAGGUGUGUCUGUAGUAUGCCUGGUAUGUCAGUUACUGGUACUGUAUGUUCAACAUGACAGGAUAUAUUGUAGCUGCAUAGUCUUGGUUUUAUCCAGCACUGGAUACCAUCUGUCAUUCAUUUCAAUGAAACAGUCAUUUUCAGCUGAGCAAAUAUCUCUAAGCAGACAGACCUAUGGAGUUUCCACAUUUGUGCUGAUACUGCAGUCAAGGGCCUCUAUACAGCGUGGUAAGCUGGCUCUAAAUUCUUCAGCAAGGUUCCUGGAUUCUGCAGUAGCUUCCUUCUAAUUAAUACCUGUACGUGUUUAAACUAAUUAAAUAUGGAAAUGAUAGAAGAACCAUCA